AUGUUCGCAAGUUUAACGUAUUUCGUUUUGCUCUCAUCUGUGGUGGUGUUGAAUGGCAAACAGUUUCGCUGCGACUACCGAUAUUUCCCGGACGCUCAGGGUUGGUUGAAAUUACACCGGGUGCCGUCCAAUUGGUUUGAAGCUCGUCUGAGAUGCCACCUUGAAGGGGGCAACCUUGCCUCUCCCUUGAAUAUUGGCCUAAAGAACGCUAUGAAUAUACUGAUCGGCGAGGCGACAGGAGACAUGACGUGCGGCGCCUUCACCGGCAUCCACGCGUUCUUCUCAAAGGGAGACUUCCAUUCGAUCGAAGGAGUCCCCUUAUGGAAGAUACCUCACACGUGGGCCGCCGGAGAACCUGACAACUACAAGGACCAGGAGAGCUGCAUAGCUCUGUUGCCGGACGGUAACGUGGCAGACGUCGACUGCCAUGAACCUUUGCCCUAUAUCUGCUAUAAGAAGAACACCAAGACUAUGGUUAUGUCUGGUUGUGGCACAACUGAUAAUGAGUACGUGUUUGAUUCUGGUACGGGAAGUUGCUACAAGUUCCACACGGUGCCGCGCACGUGGUCACGCGCGUAUAUGGCGUGCGCGGCCGAGGGUGGCCAUCUGGUCAUCAUAAACAGCGACCACGAGGCGAAAGUGGUCAGGGAACUGUUCGCGAAGCAUCCCGGUGGCAGCAUGCUGGGCCACUUCUGGAAGGAUGUCGCCUUCGUCGGCUUCCACGAUUGGAACGAGCACGGCGAGUGGCUGACUAUUCAUGGCGAAACGCUCGCGGAGGCCGGCUACGCCAAGUUCUCCGGCGGCGAGCCCAACAAUGCCACCACUGGCGAGUUCUGCGGAGCCGUGUACCGAUCGGCGCUCUUCGACGACCUCUGGUGCGAGAACAAGUACGCGUUCAUCUGCGAGAAGAGCCCCGACAGCCUGCUGUGCGAC